GUCCACGUGCGCGUUUGACAACAUGUUUGCAUGUUGUUGAAGGUAGAAAAUCAACUCACUAAAAUCGUCCUUUUAUACGAUCUGAGGGCGCUAUGAGUGAACAACAGACCCCCCUAGGCCUGGCCAAGUGGCAGCUUGCUCUGCUGGUUGGCGUUCCAGUUGCUGUGGUUGUUGCUGCUGGAGCUAUUUGGUAUUUAAAGUCACAAGGUGAAACAGAAGAAGAAGAAGAUGUUAGCAGUAGCCCCUCUAAAGGCGUUGAGUCCCCUAAAGCUGAGCCAGAAGAUACUACUGAUCACAUGACCCCUGCAGAGAAGGCUCAAGCUGCUAAGCUGAAAGGCAACAAAUUUUUCAAGGGACGCAAGUAUGAACAGGCAUUGAAAUGCUACUCAGAAGCCAUUGAACUUUGCCCAGAAGAAAACAAAACAGAUCUGGCGACAUUUUACCAAAAUAGAGCUGCAGCAUAUGAACAGUUGGGACAAUUUGAAGAGGUGAUUGAAGAAGCUUCUAAAGCUCUUGAGCUUAACAACAAAUACACCAAAGCUUUAAUGAGAAGAGCAAGAGCAUAUGAACAGCUGGACAAAAAAGAACAAUGCUUACAAGAUCUGACAGCUGUGUGUCUACUAGAAGGAUUCAAUAAUCCAGACUGGAUGGUUCAUGCUGAUAGGAUUUUGAAGUCAAUUGGAAAAGAAAAGGCUAAUGAACACUUCAAGAAUCGCAAACCAAUCAUUCCAUCACCAACUUACAUCAAGGCUUACCUUGAUUCCUUCAGCCAAGAUGAAAUUCUUUCUGAGAGCAUAAGAGAGGAUGAAAGUAUUGCCGCAGAUUCCCCAUUCUUGCUGGCAUUAGACGACAUUAAAAACAAAAAGUUUGAGAAUAUUAUAGUUUAUUGCACUCAAGAGAUUGGUCGUGGUGAAGGCCCUUGCUACGCCAAGGCUGUUGCCUUGAGAGGAACAAUGUAUACUCUGACAUCUCAGGUAGAAGAUGCUGUCAAAGACUUGACAGAAGUGAUUGACAUGGAUGACGACAAAGCAGAUAUCAAGCUCAAGAUCAACUGUCUCCUUAAAAGAGCAAGUUUGAAAGUGCAGGAUGGCAAAGAAUCUGAAGCGAAUGAAGACUUUCAAAAAGCUAUCACACUUGAUUCAACAAAUUCAGAUAUUUACCAUCACAGAGCACAGAUCAACUUCUUGUCAGAAAGACUGAAUGAAGCCAAGGCAGACUUUGAAACAUGCAUUGAGUUGAAUCCAAGUUUCAUCCAAGCCAAGGUCCAGCUGGCAUACUGUAAAUACAAGACUGCUCAGAUCUCCCAGAGCCCUAUGAUGGCCAAGAGCGCAAUGGAAGAAUUUGAAAAAAUUAGCUCUGAAAACCCUGACUGUCCUGACGCAUUAAGUCUACAUGCUCAGGCACUGCAAGAACAAGGAGAGUUUGAAGAAGCAUUAGAAAAGUUUAAUGCUGCUCACAAAAUUCAACCAGAUAAUCCUAUCCAUUUGGUGUAUGAAGGUUUGCUAAUGGUCCAGUGGAAGCAGGAUUUUAAGAAAGCGAUUGAUUUAGUUGAAUCUGCUAUUGAACUGGACAAAAAGUGUGACUUUGCAUAUGAAACUCUAGCAACUUUAGAAGUACAAAGGGGCAACUUAGACAAAGCAAUUGAGCUGUUUGAUGAAGCGUUACUCUUGGUGCGAACAGAGGGAGAAAUGGCACAGACCUAUUCUUUAAAAGAGGCUGCAAAAGCACAGAAAUAUGUGACUGAAAAGAUGGGAAUUAAACCUAAUAUCUUCAUGGGUUAAAAUAGAAAAUACUGCAAUACUGUUACCCAGCAAUUAUUGUUCUCAAACCUUAGAAUACUUUUUACAAUUUGUUUUAUCAUAAGUUUAAAACUAGUAUUAAAAAAUGUUGAGUGAAAAUUAUAAAACUUAUAAUCCUGACUUUGUGGGCAUGUUUAAUGUUUUUGCUAAAGCUAUUAGCCUUUCCAGAGUUGUAGAAAUGGUUGCAUUAUGAGGUGGUUUGGAGGGAUGCUUUAUCAGGAAGCAAAAAAGAUGCCAUUUUAAAAAGCAUUAAAGCAUCUGGACAGGGCUUAUAGACUCCCUUGCAGCAGUUCGGAAUGAAGUUCAAUUGGGAGGACAUAACAAGAGGUUUCCUAUCCUUAUUAGGUUGAAAUUCUUGUGUUUUGUCCUCCAAAUUGAGCUGCUUUGACGUCACAUGUAAGAGGACGUCUAUUGACACGAUCUCCUACUACCACUGUCAAGCAUUCCCUUGAUUAUCAUUAUUUUAUUUUUGUAAUGCUGUAACGGGAAAUAGGUAAGUAAAAGAAAGUAUUUUUUGUAGUGUUGUGUAUAGAGGAAAGAAAAUGUUACCUACCUUGGUUUUUCUCGAUACAUUUUAGUAAGCGAUUUGGACACGUACUUUAAGAUAAAUAAGUUUAUUACAAGAAACCAAAAGGUUGUUACAAAGAUGAAGCAAUGGUUUGGUAAAUACAUGAACAUGGACUCCUUGAAGCUUUGUACAUACAGUAUCUGAUGGACGACAUACAGAAAAGCUGUGCACUGUACUAGUUUUUAACAACCUUACAUCAGCCUAUAGACCAAGGCUGAUGGCGCCCAUGACAGGAGGCAGGCAUGCAUAAUUGGAAUCUGGUCUUAUUUGGUAUACAUGAGAAAGAAUUCAGUUUCCCCAGGGAAAAGACUCAUGGCUGCCAUCGUUCCUGCCAUCACAUGAUGGUGAAAAGCCUCUAUUCUGUAUUCACCAAACGACCACAACAUCAACAUAGUUUGCAUUAAACAAGCAAAAUACAUUGACACACGUGAAGUUAUAAGUCAUUUAGAACUAGCUGCUGCAUGGGUAAUGUACUGUAGCAAGUUACCAACAGUUCUUGACUGACAGCCAGCCAGUACUUGGACUAUCUAUGUUAGUCUAUGUUGUGCAUAAGAAUGAACUGAUUAUUGAAUAAAUACCAUUUUUUUACCAA